UUUCAUCAUAAUAUUUUGUACCUUUUUCAUCUACUUUCUUCUGCUGUCACAAAAAAACACACAGUGAAUGAAGGCAAAAACACAGGACAUAUGCUAAGUGAGUGAACCUAAAGCUACCUCAAAUCCAACAACAACAAUAAAUCUAUACUAAAGUUUUUUUUUUUUUUUUUUUUUUUUUUUUUUUUUUUUUAAUUCUUCAAACCAAAAAAUGGGGGUUGUUUCUCAAGAUGCCCUUAGUCACCUCCAGGCUCUCAUAGAUCAAGUUGAAGAGCCACUUCAGAAAACGUUUCAGAGUGUUCAUCAAGGACAUGUAACCGAAACCUUGAUUCGGUUUCUGAAAGCAAGGGAAUGGAAUGCUUCAAAGGCUCAUAAAAUGUUACUUGAUUGUCUGAACUGGAGAGUACAAAAUGAGAUUGACAAAAUAUUAUCGAAACCAAUCAUCCCUCUAGAUUUAUACAGAGGUGUGCGUGAUUCUCAACUCAUAGGAUUGUCAGGGUACUCAAGAGAGGGUCUGCCUGUCUUCGCAAUUGGUGUUGGGCAUAGCACAUUUGACAAAGCAUCUGUCCAUUAUUAUGUUCAGUCUCACAUUCAAAUUAAUGAAUAUCGGGAUCGUAUAAUCUUGCCUUCUGCAUCGAAGAAGCAUGGGCGUCCUAUUACAACAUGUGUUAAGGUUUUGGAUAUGACUGGUCUGAAGCUGUCAGCCCUGAAUCAGAUUAAGUUGUUAACAAUAAUAUCAUCCAUCGAUGAUCUGAACUACCCUGAGAAGACAAAUACUUAUUAUAUUGUAAAUGCACCAUACAUAUUUUCAGGUUGUUGGAAGGUUGUGAAACCACUUUUACAAGAAAGGACUAGAAAAAAAGUUCAAGUCUUACAAGGUUGUGGGCGAGAUGAGCUGUUGAAGAUCAUGGACUAUGCAUCUCUGCCGCAUUUCUGUAGAAAAGAAGGCUCUGGAUCAUCGAAACAUUCAGGAAGUGGAAGUGAAAAUUGCUAUUCUUUGGAUCAUUCUUUCCAUCAGGAGCUCUAUGACUACAUCAAGGAACAAUCCAGAAAGAUUGAAGCUAUGGAACCAAUCAAGCAGGGAUCUUUCCAUGUAGAAUUUCGUGAACCUGCUGCCGAGGAAGAAGCGGAUAUUGCCAAGACUAUAGAGUCAGAGAUACACAAGUUUGAGAACAACCAUGCGAAUGUCGAUUGAUACUAUUUAUUUAUUAGUUAAGUGUCAUAUGGUGUCUUAACCAUCUGGUAUAUUUGCCAGUCUUAUAAGUCUUAAACAUUUGAACCAAACAUGUGUAGUAGUUCAAGGGUUACACCUGACCAUUUAUCAGGAUUCUGCAGUAGUAUUAGUUAGCACGAUAAAUUUAGGGAAUAAUCGGAAUAAAACCGAUAAGAGCUGUGGAUUGUGUCAUAAUGCUAGAUAGAAAUGUCAAAUAUAUUAUUUUACUAUAAGGUUUCUUCUCUA